AUGACGCUCGUCUUCCUUAUCUUCCUGUUCGGGUACGAAGAGACGAAGCAUGUCCCAGUGUUGGAAGGCCUCUCAGGCACCCAAUCUUCAGGAGGAGACCAAAAGGAGUGCGAAGACGAGAAAGACAAGGCCGAAGAAGGCCUGAAUAUCUCCCUCCACCAGACAACCAGCGACGUUAGGGGCUCCAUGUCGAUACCACCUGCCACGUACCGGCAACGCAUGCGAUGGGUUACUUACUCGUCCGAGUCGCUCUGGAAGAUCGCCUACUUCCCAGCCUACACCAUCAUGCUCCCUCACGUCGCCUUCAGCGCCCUCCAGUAUGCCGCGGGCAUAACCUGGCUCGUGAUCAUCUCAUCCAUCAUCCCCAUCAGGUUCACCCAGCCGCCGUACAACUUCAACACCGACGGCAUCGGCCUGAUGAACAUGGGGCCCUUCGUGGGCAACCUUCUCGGCAGCUUCUACUCUGGGCUUCUGAGCGACCGCUCCGGAAUGCACUGGAUCUACCCCUCCAUCGGCGGCGGCCUCUUCGCCUUUGGCCUCGGCGCCAUAGGUGACGCCGCCCUGACCCUGAACAGCGGCAUGUCCAACAUGUUUAUCACCGCCGGCCUGAUCUCGUUCGCCAUCAGCAUGCUUUUUGUGCCGUUGAUCAUCUGGGGCAAGAAGAUCAGGAAGGCGUUGGCGCCUCGUUACUACGAGCUGCUUGAGAAGCAGGGCGGUCUGGUGGAGUCGUAG